AUGGAGCGUUUGCCAACAGAAAUUGUGGUUCACAUUUUCUCGUUUUUAACAACGUUUGAGAAAUAUCUCGUGUCUAAGGUCUGUAGCUCUUGGUCCGAUAUCGUCAUCUGCAAAUGUCUUUGGACAAAGGCUGUGGCCUGUGUCGGUGAAUACGACUCCAAUUUCAAAAGAUGGAUCGUUCUACGAGACGUUCGACGUUUACAUCUCACCGAAGACUUCGACUUCAGAAUGUUUCGGCCCAAAACGGAAUACGUAAAGUGUGCAACUUACGAACGCUUACGUCCACUUCUACAAUCUAGAACACAAACGACGAAGGUGAGAAGUUUAUGCAUCGACGAUUGCUCACAAAUGAAAAACGUGGAUAUGGAAUAUCUAGUGCAUAAAAUGUCACAACUUGAAAAAUUGACUCUAAUGUUUGCAUCUCGAGUGUCGUCUAAUGCAAUGUAUUCUAUCGUAAAGGGUCUUAAAAAAUUGAGAAUACUUCAACUCGAUCACGUACGUUUUACCGAAGCUGACAUUGAAAUCAUUUUGAAAAGUGACAUGGCUCAUCGUUUGACGAAACUCACACUGCGAAAUCUUUGGCUAACACGUCAACAUCUCUAUGCAAACGUUUUACGGAAGUGUAAACGGCUGGUCAAGUUGGAAUUAGACUAUUCACGUGAAUUAACGAUUACACACUUUAACAACAUGAUGACGAAUCUAGGUCCAUAUAUGACGUAUAUUUGUUUUUACGUGAAAAACUUUGAGAAAGAUUCUAUACGCAUAAAAUCCUUAAUGUAUUGUUAUUUUCUCUCGACGAAUGGACAGCCCCGUAAAGUUUAUAUUUUUAUAAAACGUGGAAACUUGACGAAAUGUAUGAGAUGGAAGAAUGUAUGUGUUCAAAUGGAGAGUGGGGUUUGGUGA